UUAAACAUUGAUAUCAGCUCGCUUCUAAACUUACGGGUGCACACCGAAUAAAGAACAACAUUUACGGCACAGUUAGCGUAAGCGGCUACAACAGCAUAUAUCGCCAAUACAAGGAGCUGGACUUCCGCUUCGAUAUUUCCUUCGCUCUGGAGUCGGAACAAUUCUGGAUAAACGAAUUGAUAAACUGCCGUUGGGGUUACUGCUGCGACGAGGAAUACGCUGAUGGCGAACAUAACGGCCGUCAUUGAAGUCAUCUUGGUUUGAUUGCCGCCUUGGAUCAUAUGCAUGCGUUUGUACCUCGCCACCAGCAGCAUAGCGAUGAUGAAGAUAUUGCAGCCCGUGACGCCAAUGACAGGAAUCAGUACGAACACGCAGAAAUCAAUCCAGGGGAAAACAAUUAUAGCAAAGUGAUGAUGGUCGUUCUGAACGCUGACAUCACAGGACAACAGUUCUGUAUUGUUGGACCCCUGUGUAGAUUCAUACGUGAUGAAGAAGUGAAAGUUAAUGACAGCAAGAAAGCAACCGAAGAUGAUAGCUACACAGUAUAUCCUCAGCCGAGUGAAAUAGAAUCGCACUUUGUGGGGGACACCAACUGCAACUGCUCGUUCUAUCGCCACUAACAUCACCAACCAAGCGGAAAAAUCUGUGAAAAGAUAAUUGAAGAAUCGAUAUGUUUUACAAUACACACUGGAGCUGCUGGUGAAAUCUUUCCCUGUGAUGAACAUAAGGACAUAUCUAGUCGGGCCAAUCACAAGACAAAGUAUGUCCGAAAUACUUAGCAAUAAAAGAAUCUGGCUAGUUGGAGAAUCUCGAUAACGUCGACGUCUCAGAACAACGAUGUUGAGUAUAUUUCCUAAAAUCCCAAACACCAUAAAAACUGGUAAAGAAAUA